AACACUUGCAUUAUUUCUCGUGGCUAACGUCGCAUCGCAGACGUAUCAUUUAAUUAAUUCAAUUUUCGUAAUUUUUGCAAUUAAAAAAGCUAAUUGAUGUGUAAAUCUUUAACUUUGCUAAAAGUUAAGCUCGAAAGUGAUAUAAAAUAUAAAAGAAAAUAUCAGAAAACAAAGAAAAAUUUAAAUUUUUCAUAGUGCGACAGAAAAACCAAGAAAAAAAAUUGGAUUCAGAAGAAAAAAAUUGCAUUGUCGGUGUUUUGCUUGCCUGCAGCUGAAAAAAAUUAAAACGUGUUAUCUCUUUCUACCGUAAGGCAUAAGCGUAUGUAAUUGACAGUUAACGGUUGAUGUGAGUGGAAAGGAAAAUAUAAAAUUAAAGAAAGAAAGAAAAAAGUAGUAAAUAACAGACACACGGGUUUCAUUGAUACAAAGUGGAAUUAAAACGUGGAUAAUCGUUUUUUUUUUGUGAAAUAUUUUCUUUGACAACUUGGUGGCUGUAUUUUAAUUGAAAAAAAAAAGAACAAACGCCUUUUCAUAUUUCUAUUGAUGAUAAAUGAAUUAUAAUAAAAAUUACUUUAUAACAAAAUAAAUAAUAAAGUAUUAAAAACCUAGAAAUAAACAUAAUUUUUACAAAAAAAGUAUUUUUUUGUUUUUAAAACCAACGUGAUGAAGUGAGAAAUUAUUGUUGAUGUUAGUUUUCUUGAAAGCUAUUGAAAACGUAAUAAAAACAAAACGCAAAUAACAAAUUUCAAUUGAAAACAACCAUAAUUUAAUAAUUUCAAAUUGUUUUGGCUGCAAAAGUAUAAUUAAAAACAGUCUUUAACAAAAUGUUCGUUUUGUGUGAUCAAAAGUGAAAAUUGGCUUUGACUGUGAAUUUUUAUUGUUUAUUUAAGAAAACAACAACAGAAUAAUUUAAAAUAUAUUUUUAUUUAAAGUGAAAAAGUAGUAAAAAAUACACACAGCUUCAACAUUUUUUCUUACGUAGCAGAAAAUCUUGUAUGUGGAAUGGAUAUUGGUGGGAAACAACAAGAAACAUAUUAAACAUUAAUAGGGGAAAACCCUCAUAAGUAGCAAUUGACAUAAAGAACAGCAACAAAGAAUAAAAGAACAUAGAAACCCGAAAAAGCAACAAUGUGAUGUCUAUAGAAAAAUUACAACACUGCAAUGCAAUUAAAUGCAAUGGUAACCCUCUUAUCCGUUUCACAACCACAAUGUUCCCCUCACUGACAACUGCGAACGAACGAACAAACGUAGAUAUGAAACACAGUACAAACGAGAACAAUUGAUAUUAAAAACAGGGCGAAAGUUAAACGGUGACGACGACGUCGACUACUUAUUCAAUGCUUAAGAAAAAAUAUUUUUUUCGGAAUAUUCAUUGUGAAAAAAUGAUUAAAUAUUAUAUACUGCAUUAAUUUAAUGUAAUAUAAUUGCAAAAAAAGUGAAAUACUACAAAUUAAACAAGUAUUUAAACAAUUUUCUUAUGAAUUUCAAGAAUGAAAAAAAACUUUUACCCAAAAAAGUGAAUUGAGGAAAGAAAAAAAAAUUUUGUGAAAAAAGGUGGUGGUGAAUUUGCAAAUUGGAAGAAGAAAUAAAAAAAGUUAUUCAUACAAGGAAAAGAAGAAGAAGAAGUAGUAAAAAAGAAGGAAAAAAAGAAAAAAAAUAUAACUUAUACAUAUGUGUUGAAAUAAAUAAAGAAAAAAAUGCUGAAAAUUAUAAAAAAUAAAAGAAUUUGUUAAAGAAAACAAUUUUUGAGUAUUAAAACACCAAAAAAUAAUAAAACGCAGAAGAAACAAAUUACUAAAAGUCAUUGAAAAAAACGCAAACACGGGCCAGCAGAAGGAACAAAGAUAAUAGAAAAAAACUGACAUUUACAAACUAAACCGAAACGAAACAGUAAAAAAGUAAAAAAAAGAAAAAAUAUUGAAAAAACAUACGAAAAAAUGUAUAAGAUACAACACAAGACAAUGUUGAUGAUAAUGGAUAUAAAGUGAAAUUAAAAGCUUUAAUUAAUUUUCAAAAUUAAUAAAUUGAAUUAAAGAUUUUAAAAUAAAUUAACUAAAAAAUUAAUAAUUUUCUAAAAAAAUAACUUUGUGUUUUAAAAAACGCUCUAAACGAAAAAGAAGAAAAUUUUCUAAAUAAAAAAACUCUUUUUUGAGGGUACGUACGUCGAUCGUACGUACACCCGUAACGCGUCGUUCACCUUAAAAGUAUCCAACCAAACCAAAUCAACCAGCCAGCCACCUUUUUCUUCUUAACCACUUGCUUCUUUUGGGCCUCAUUCACUCAAAUACGAAAAACACACAAGUGGAGCAAAAAGCUGCAAGAAAUAGAUCUAAAUAGUAGCAAAAAAACAAAAUAAAGUAUAAUAAACAAGCUCCACCUAAAAAAAAAACUGAAGAAAAAUAUCAUCAUCAUCACACCAUAUUCUGCAAACACUCGCUCUCGUUUAAAACAUAAAAAGAGUGUUUUUAGCUGAAAUCUAAAUUAUUUAAAUUAACUUCUUCCUUCCUUCGUCGAAACUUUAAGGAAAAUUCUUAAAAAAUGGAAUAUUAUUUAGGGGGUUAUGUUUAUAUGAAUGGGGAUGGAGUGAAGAUACCACCACCUGUUGCUACCACCGUCUAUGCUAAUGUUCCUGUUGAUACGGCAGUGUUAGCGACCAAUUUAUACGGUCCAACCACACAAUUGGCAGCUCCAGCAGCAACACACAUCCCAUUGAUAGCGACAGCCGCUGGACCACAACCAGCACAUCAUCAAGCUUUACAGGUGGCAGCAGCGCCUGGUCAACAUCAACAAUUGAUAGCAGCUCACACACAACAGCCUACAUUACAAACAGUACAGGCGGCAGCAGCCGCGGCUGCUGUAGCAGCAGCUACACCCCAACACACAGCACCACAUCAAAUACAAGGCCAUCCUCAACAAGCCCACUUGCAGUACGCCCAUCAGCAAACAGCCAUUGCUGCUGGUGGCCAACAGGGCCCAACGGUUACGACAACAACGAUUGAUAACACCGAAUAUACAGUCAUGAAUGGAGCCAUAACUCAAGACGGCACAGUCGUCUGUUACAGUCAAGAUGAUUUGCAGGUUACUGGUGUCGUUGGUGCGCCCGUUGCUGCGGGCGGUGGUAAUGUCACGAAUUUAGUUGCUGUCGAUCAAAUGUCUGGUACACCGGUCACAGCAGCCACUGCUCAGCAGCAGCAGCAACAACAACAGCAGCAGCAACAGCAACACAAUGUUCAUGCUCAACAUCAUGUUAUCCUUAAUAAUGGUCCACCACCUUCCGCAACUACUACCCUACAACAACAGCAACAACAAUCACAACAACAACAACAGGUUGUCGGUGGCGGUAAUAGCAACAACACAAAUAUUAACUCUUCAUCAAAUCCAAGUGGUAAUACGGGCGAUAAUAGUGGCAUACCAUUGGAACAACUGAAACAAUGUUAGCUACACAAUUGGAAUAUUAUUUUUUCGAG